AUGACAGUCGUUCAUAUUGUCCUCUUUAAGUUUCGCUCCGAUGUCGACGAGUCACAUCGCGAGACAUUUGUCAAAGAACUCAAAACCCUCAAGACAUUACCAUGCGUCAAAGACGAACGUCUUGUCGUGGGGGGUCCAUCGAUUACGGAUCCGAUUGCGAGGAGUAAAGGCUUUCAGAUUUGCUUAUUGAGUUUUCACCAUGAUAAAGCUGCGCUGGCGGCGUAUCAGGCGAGCAGUGAACAUCACAGGGUCACGAGUCAAUAUCUCUGGCCAUUUGCAGAAGACGUAACGCGUUUCGACUUUGAAGUCGCAGAGGAGGAUGAGGGUACAUUUGAGAAGAGCUUCAACUUGUCUGGCCAAUGA